AAAACAAUUGAUUGGAGUGCUCUCUCUCUGAAGUCCCGUUGCACCCGCGGCUGGCCACUCCGCUACAGUUGCCGAAGCUCUGGCGACGAUUUGGCUCGUCCAUGGCGGUUUCUGCCCGAGGCAGUCCCUGGGACGAUGUCGUAGAGAUGACCAAGGCGGCUCAGGGGAAGGGUUGUGACCCUCUAAGUUGGGCUAUACAAAUACAUUCACAUUUGCACUCAGCUGGAGAGUCCCUGCCUUCGUUGGAGCUCGCCAACGUUCUAGUAUCGCACAUUUGCUGGGAGAACAAUGUUCCCAUUAUGUGGAAGUUUCUGGAGAAGGCCUUCAUGCUGAAGAUCGUGCCCCCUAUGCUUGUUCUUGCUCUGCUCUCUGUAAGGGUUAUUCCUUGUAGAAAUUCCCAACCUGCAGCAUAUAGGCUAUAUUUGGAGCUCCUCAGAAGGCAUGCUUUUGAGCUUAAAUCUCAGAUAAAUGGGGCAAAUUAUCCAAAGGUCAUGAAGACAAUAGAUCAUGUCCUUCAUCUUUCCGAGAUAUUUGGCCUUACACAAAGUGAGCCUGGCAUUGUAGUGGCUGCAUUUAUUUUUUCAGUUGUCUGGCAGUUGCUUGAUGCUUCAAUGGAUGAUGAAGGGCUGCUGGAACUUACUCCUGAAAAGAAAUCCAGAUGGGCAAAUCUAUAUCAAGAAAUGGAACUGGAUUGGCAUGAUGGUUACGAUGAUAAAAAGACUGACCGUCAAGAGAAAUUGCAGAAUUUAAAUACUCUUAUGGCUAUUGAUAUAAUCGGACAAUUUCUGCAGGAUAAAAAAUCUUCUAGGAUUCUUUACUUGGUUCGCCAAAACAUGCCUAUACACUGGCGAAGUUUUGUCCAGCAACUGCAACUUCUGGGAGCUAAUUCCUUGGCAUUGAGGAAAUCGAGAACCAUAAGUCCUGAUUUAAUUCUUCAAUUCACCUCUGAUACUGACGUAGUCUUGUCUGAAGAACGAAAAAUGAGCUCACAGCAAAAGUUCCGAGCAUUUUUGGCUUUUGAGUAUCUUUCCUCUUCUGCAUCGCUCUGCCAUGGUGCUAGUCAUUCUGCUCUCUGGAUUCCUCUUGAUCUGGUACUGGAAGAUACCAUGGAUGGCUAUCAAGUCAGUACAACGAGUGCUAUUGAAAUAAUUAGUGGCCUGAUAAAGACCCUUAGAGCAAUAAAUCGCACCACUUGGCAUGAUACUUUUUUGGGUCUCUGGUUAGCAGCUCUUCGUCUUGUUCAGAGGGAAAGAGAUCCUAUUGAGGGCCCUAUGCCUCGUAUUGAUACCCGUGUAUGCAUGCUCUUAUGUAUCAUUCCUCUUGUCAUCGCUGAUUUUAUUGAAGAAGAGGAAACACCAAUUCAUGAAUCAGACAGUGGUCCAACAAACCACUGGAAAGAGAAGAAGGUUCCAGGAAAGUGUCGCAGUGAAUUAGAAUCAAGUGUACAGGUAUUGGGCGAUUAUCAGAGCUUGCUUGUCCCACCUCAAUCUAUUGUUGCUGCUGCAAAUCAGGCUGCAGCCAAAGCGAUGCUGUUUGUUUCUGGUAUCACAAUAGGGAGUGCAUACUUCGAGUCCCUUAGCAUGCAGGAGAUGCCAAUUGACUGUUCUGGAAACAUGCGGCAUCUGAUAGUCGAGGCUUGUAUUGCCCGAAAUCUGCUCGACACAUCUGCAUAUUUGUGGCCAGGUUAUGUGAGUGGACGUAUCAAUCGAUUACCUCAGUGUCUGCCAACUCAAGCACCUGGCUGGUCAUCAUUUAUGAAGGGGGCAGCGCUUACUCCACCCAUGGUAAAUGCUCUGGUUUCAAGUCCUGCCUCAAGUUUAGCAGAACUGGAGAAAAUUUUUGAGAUUACUACCAAAGGAUCAGAGGAUGAGAAGAUAUCUGCUGCCACCAUUCUUUGUGGGGCAUCCCUACUUAAGGGAUGGAAUAUACAGGAACACACUGUUCAUUUCAUUAUUAGGUUGUUAUCUCCACCAAUUCCUGCAGAGAGCACUGAAGGCAACAAUCAUUUGAUUAAUUAUGCUCCAAUGCUUAAUGUACUCACUGUUGGAAUUGCUUCAGUUGAUUGUGUUCAAACAUUUUCGCUCCAUGGCCUGGUUCCACAGCUUGCUUGUUCGUUGAUGCCUAUCUGUGAAGUUUUUGGAUCAUGUGUGCCCAAUGUCUCGUGGACACUAUCAUCAGGGGAAGAAAUAUCUGCCCAUGCAGUGUUUUCCAAUGCUUUCAUUCUGCUUUUGAGGCUCUGGAAAUUUAACCGCCCCCCUCUUGAACAGGGGAUCGGAGAUGUACCCACUGUUGGUUCUCAACUGACUCCUGAAUACCUCUUAUUAGUGCGAAACUCCCACUUAGUGUCAGCUGGUAACACUCACAAAGAUCGAAACCGGAGGAGACUCUCAACAAUUGCUACUUUAUCAUCCCCAAAUUCUGUAUUCGUUGACUCCUUCCCAAAAUUAAAAGUCUGGUACCGGCAGCAUCUAGCGUGUAUAGCUUCAACACUCUCUGGUCUUGUUCACGGAACACCUUUUCAUCAAAUUGUUGAGGGGAUUCUGAAUAUGAUGUUUAGAAAGAUCAAUAAAGGAAGCCAAACUUCUGUUACAUCUGGAAGCAGUAGCUCUUCUGGACCUGGAAAUGAGGACCCCUCAACAAGGCCAAAAUUGCCUGCUUGGGAUAUUCUGGAAGCCGUUCCCUUCGUAGUUGAUGCUGCUCUCACAGCCUGUGCUCAUGGAAGAUUAUCUCCUCGUGAGUUGGCAACAGGGCUUAAAGAUUUAGCUGAUUUUCUUCCUGCAUCUUUGGCAACCAUAGUGAGUUACUUCUCUGCUGAAGUAACUCGGGGUGUUUGGAAGCCUGCAUUUAUGAACGGAACAGAUUGGCCAAGUCCUGCUGCAAAUCUAUUGAAUGUAGAGGAACAGAUCAAGAAAAUUUUGGCUGCAACUGGUGUUGAUGUACCAAGCCUUGCUCCAGGGGGAAGCUCUCCUUCCACACUUCCGCUACCAUUGGCUGCCUUUGUAAGCCUUACUAUAACCUACAAAAUUGACAAAGCAUCAGAGCGUUUUCUUAAUUUGGCUGGCCCAGCAUUGGAGUCCCUUGCCGCAGGUUGUCCGUGGCCUUGCAUGCCAAUUGUAGCUUCCCUGUGGACCCAAAAAGCAAAGCGUUGGAGUGACUUUCUUGUUUUCUCAGCAUCUCGAACUGUCUUCCUCCACAACAGUGAUACAGUAGUACAACUUCUUAAAAGCUGCUUCACAGCAACCCUUGGCAUGAAUAGCUCUCCUCUCUCAUGCAAUGGUGGUGUUGGAGCCCUCCUCGGCCAUGGAUUUAAAUCCCAUUUAAGUGGAGGGAUCAGCCCUGUUGCUCCUGGAAUUCUAUAUCUACGUGUUUAUCGGUCAUUGAGAGAUGUUGUCUUCUUGACAGAAGAGAUUGUUUCCAUCUUGAUGCACUCUGUGAGAGAGAUUGUAUCUGGUGGGUUCGCAAAGGAGCGGUUGGAAAAGUUAAAAGCAGCCAAAGAUGGCAUUCGAUAUGGGCAGGUUUCUCUCGCUGCAUCAAUGACUCGUGUGAAACUUGCAGCCGCACUUGGGGCCUCUUUAGUAUGGUUAUCUGGGGGUUUGAUGCUGGUUCAAUUAUUAAUAAAAGAAACAUUGCCUUCAUGGUUCAUAGCUGUUCACAGAUCUGACCAGGAAGAAAAGUCAGAUGGAAUGGUUGCAAUGCUUGGCGGAUAUGCACUCGCUUAUUUUGCAGUUCUUUGCGGGGCUUUUGCUUGGGGAGUUGACUCUUCAUCAUCGGCAUCAAAGAGACGUCCGAAUGUCCUGGGCAUCCACAUGGAGUUUCUUGCUAGUGCUCUUGACGGUAAGAUAUCACUUGGCUGUGACUCAGCAACUUGGCGGGCUUACGUAUCAGGGUUUGUGAGCCUUAUGGUAGGCUGCACACCAAAUUGGGUUCUGGAAGUAGAUGUGGAUGUUUUGAAGAGAUUGAGCAAUGGGUUGAGGCAAUUGAACGAGGAGAAGCUUGCCCUUGCUUUAUUGGGUGCUGGGGGCUUGGGAACGAUGGGCGCUGCAGCUGAGGUCAUAAUUGACGGUGAAAUGUGACCCUUUUUUCCUCCUUGAUAACCUUCUAGGGUUCAUUGUCUUUGUAUUUUGUACAUCCGUUUCUUGCUUCUAGGCUGUGCAGCUAUCAGUUCCCUUUCUUUGUGAAUAGUUCUCUUGGAAAAAUAUCACCCAUGAGAAUGCAAAAUUUUGUAGAUGUUCAUCUUAAGGUGUCGAGUUUAUUGCAUGUUAAUGUUAUUAAAUGGGAAGCAGCUUGUCUCUAA